CCUGAGGAACACUCAGACAGAACAAAUGAGCAGCCGCGGCUUGACUCCCGCUAGAGACGCUGAUAUCGGCUCGUUCCGCAGGAGUCAGAUUACAUCUGGAGAGGAUCAGCUCGCUCUGAGACACAGCUGAGGAGUUUCUCUGAAGAUCUCAGUUCACAGAGAGAGAGAGAGAGACAGUUCCCCACAUGUUCAACUGAAAUCAUGGGUUCACUGUUGAGGACAGCGGUGCGCGGGGACGCCACGGCUCUGUGCGCGUGAUGACCAUGGAGAGCAUGUUUAUGGGUAAUGCGUGUCAGAGCAGACUGGUGCCAGCGCUGGUUCGAGCUUCUCUGCCCACUGUGCCAGCCUCUCUGGGCAUGAAGCACUUCUUCCCCUUUCCUCUGGACAGCGGAUCCACACUCAGCCUCAUUCCCAGCUUCAGCACCAUGGACCAGGUUCAGAAAGCUGUUUUACAUCACACGUUCAGCGCUUCGGCCUCGGCUAAAAGGAAAGCGGUCUCGUGUGGCGUGUGCCAGCUGAGGUUUAACUCACAGAGCCAGGCAUUGGCCCACUACAAAGGCACCAAACACGCCAAGAAGCUGAAAUCCUUGGACGCGCCCAAAUGCCUCAAACACAAGAGUUCCCCGCUCAGCAGAGAAAACGCCAGCAAGGAUCCUCCUAAGAGCCUUUCUCCCUCCACCGGGAACACUGACGGAAAAGGUGGAAGUCCUGCACCUGUGUCCCCUUCAUCGCCCUCUUCUGCCCCGCUGACCGGCCCCUCAGAGCCGGAGUCUUCCUCAGUGUCAGGGGGAGAGGACGGCCUCUCCAUAACACCCAACCCGCCUGAGCCGGAGGAGAACGACACCGGGACGAGUCCAGAGACGGAGGAGGAGAAAGCCCUGCGUCUGCUCUACUGUUCUCUCUGCAAGGUGGCCGUCAACUCGGUGUCACAACUCGACGCGCACAACACCGGCACCAAACACAAAACCAUGCUGGAGGCUCGGAGCGGGAUCGGCUCCAUCAAGUCCUUCCCGAGGACUGGGCUGAAGAGCAAGCUGGUUCCUCCCACUAAAGCAGACACGGGCCUGCAGAACAAGACAUUUCACUGUGAAACCUGCGACGUGCGCGUCAAUUCAGAGACGCAACUAAAACAGCACAUCAGCAGCAGACGCCAUAAAGACAGAGCGGCGGGCAAACCAGCCAAACCCAAGUUCAGUCCGUACACCAAAACCCAAAGAGGACCCACCAAACAGAGCCAGGUGAAGAUGUCAGUGGGUAAAGAUCUCUGCCCGCCGCUGAGCACCAGAUUAAUGCCGUCUCACCUGGCAACCGUCGCCGCCGCCAUAAGCUCCGCCUUUCCUUCCCUUAACCCCGCCCUCUUUCAGACUCAGCUGCUCCGCCCUGCUCCUGGGCCAAUCAGGACUGCGCACACACCUGUGCUGUUUACCCCUUAUUGACCUUUGACCUCUGGCGGAUCUGAUCAUUAACCCCUCCCCCAUGACCUCACACUGGGUCUAAUGCGCAAUAUCGCAAUAAUUUAAAAACAAAACAAACCAGGUAACUAUGCAUCGUCAUUUACAUAUGACACACUGACGUUAAGCUAUAAAUGUACCGGUGACGAUUUGAUUUUUUGAUGAUAAUUCAUCAUCAUCAUCAUCACCAUUAUCAUCGCUUGCAAGUACAAGACUGAUUUGUAAAUUUAAGGUGAGUUUGGGAAUGCAUAUAUGUUUACUAUGGGGGGGAUGAAAUGUUGUAUUUCUCUGCUGUUUUGCACAUUAAGCCUUUCUCUUGUUGAUUUCAGAGCUUUUAAUGACUAGAUCUCUUCCUGUCUGUUGUUGUUUUACUGUAACCAGGUCAGCAGGGCUUCAUCUGUCUAUGGACACGUUUCACAUUAUAAAAGUACAAUGAAAAGUAUCAGUUUUAGGUUCUUAUUUGCUCCAAUAGCAAAAGAAAACAAGUAUCUGUGACUAAAAAAGAGUCAUUUAAUGCCAAGGUAAUAUAACAAAGUAUAAUGUUGUAAUUUAAAAUGUAUAAAAGAAACCGAAAAGGGUCUAUUAAAAAUCACAGAACAAGAAACUGGUAGUGGAUUUAGCAGGUUUUGGACUGUAGAAGUUUUAGCCAAUCACCUGAGCUGUAAAUAACCAUGUGACUGAUCAUGCUAGAGCAGGAAACCGAUGUCAUGUUGAUUCUGAUUGGCUGCUGACAUCAAAAACAGAAAAAGUCCGUUUCACACUUUAAAGACUCGCCAAAAAAUGGCCACUGGUGCUAAAGUUUAUCACAGUCCAAUCCCGGAUAAUCCAGUCCGGCUUUUCCCAUGCAAAUUAAGCCCUGUUGUACCUGUGUGUGUGUUAUUGGUGUGAUAGAGGUGUGAGUGUGUUAGAGGUGUGUGUGCGAGUGUU